AUGUCGCACCCCGGUUCGGGCCUGGAGAUGUACGAGAGGAAACUCUACAUGCACGAGGCGUGCUUCUCCAAGCUGAACGAAAAAGACAAGAAGAUGCUCACCACGUACGCUGUCGUGAACAACGAGGGGCUCCGAGAUGGACACGCACGCUAUGCGAGAACCGAAAGUUCCGUCGAACUCUACAUCAUGUGCAUCUUCCUGUUCCACUUUUGCGCAAUGUGCCACAAAUGUGGCGACAUCCAUACCACCGCCUGCCACAACGUCGAAAUCGAGUGCCUGGAAACCAUACUCAUCGGCCUAAAGCAUCCUCACCGGAAUUCUGAUAUGUACGCCAAGUGGACCGUUCUGUGCGACGAGGUUCGUGAGGAUAUCCUUUCCAGGGUGGAUCCCACAGUCACUUAA